AUGCCUUCCUCCUCCCCAAAACGCGUCGAUGAUGACGACACCCAGGGUAUUGCUGCUGCUGUUGCUAUCGCGGAUGAAGCGGAAAAGGAGACUCUGGAGACGAAAAGAGAAACGAAAGAAGAGAAGAGAAGGAAAAGAAAAUCCCGUUGGGAAUCUCAUCAUCAAAAUCACUCGAACGCAUUAAUGGACGACGAAGAAACAGAAAAAGAAAGGAAGAGGACAGAUACGGAGGAAGGAAAAACGUUCGCAUUUCCACCUCCACCUCCUCUUCCUAAUAAUAACAGUACUACUAAUAAUAACGAGUUUGGAGGAGGAGUUUCUUCUUCGUUAUUAGGACUCCCUCCCGGCAUGGGACUGACGAUCGUUCCUUCGUCUGAGAGAAACAACAACAACAACUCUAAUAAUAAUAUUUCUUUAGACUUGGACCCUUCGAAAAUCUUCAAACACUUAGCCGCCAAAGGGUUCGGACAGAACACAGAUGUAUUAAACGGACUGACGAGACAACCACACGAAAACCCGGUCGUAGAAGAUCACUACAAACGGUUCUACGAUUUAUCCGGAAAGUUACAACGACGAGAGUUUACGGACCCGAGGCCGGAACGAGAGAGAAGUCCGAGUCCUCCACCAAAGUACGAUAAAGUGACCGGGUUUAAAAUCAACAGCAGAGAGUUAAGAGUGAGAGAUAAAAUACGAAAAGAGAGGAACCGAGUGUGCGAGUUUUUACUGAAGAACGAUCCGGAAAAUUUCACCGCGCCGCAGGAUUAUCGACCGGAGAAGAAGACGAGGAAGUUGUUCGUUCCGGAGAAGGAGUAUCCCGGGUAUAACUUUGUCGGCUUAAUCAUCGGGCCGAGAGGGAACACGCAGAAAAGGUUACAAAGAGAAACAAACACGAGGAUUGUUUUGAGAGGGAAAGGGUGCAUUAAAGGAAACGCGAGCAGAGACAACAGAACGGACUAUAAAGAGGACGAGCCGUUACACGUAGUUAUCGAAGGCGACACGGACGAGGCGGUAGAUAUGGCGGCGGAAAUGGUACAAAAGAUUCUAACGCCCAUCGACGAAGGGUAUAAUCACCAUAAACGAGCGCAAUUGAAAGAGUUGGCGAUGAUUAACGGCACAUUUCAAGAUCGACCGGAGUAUUGCUUGAUUUGCGGCGGGAUGGGUCACAGCGGCGUGCACUGUCCAGAAAACGAAAACAAUAAAUUGGUUGGAUUUAAAGCUGGCGUGGCGUGCGCGAUUUGCGGCGACGGCGGGCAUCCCACCGGCGAUUGCCCGAUGAAAGGGAAAGGUACCACGAAUGGUGGCGGUGGUGGUAAUACUACUAAUAAUAAAAUUCCUCAAGAGUUGACGAAGGAAUAUCAAAACUUUCUCUCGGAAAUCGGCGUGAACGAUCCGACCGCGGUUGCUAACGAAGACCAAGAGAAAAGUGAGAAAAAGAAAAUUCAAUCCGGUUUACCGCCGCCGCCGGUUUACUUGAAAGAUAAAGCCGUGACUGGUGGAUUACCACCACCACCGAAUAGAAACAAUAGUAAUAAUAACUUACUCCAUCAACCUCCUCGGUUUGGAGCGGGAGGAGGAGGAGGAGCGGGAGUAGGGUACGGCGGUAUCCCUCCAAUGAACAUGAUGAUGCAACAACAACAAUUUGGAGGAGGAGGAGGAGGAAGUGGUACAGGGGGAGUCGGUCCGGCGUUUCUCGGCGGCAUCAUGCCACCUUUAGGCACAGGCAUACCACCACCUCCUCCACCACCUAUUGGAUCGACGCCGACAACGAUUGCGAACGUGAACGUCCCGCCGCCUCCGCCUUCGGACGGCACGGCGGGCGUUCCACCUCCAAUCCCGGACGCGCCAUCGGUGGGUUUUGUACCUCCACCGCCGCCACCGAUGCCAGUGGAGGAAGGUGAGUUAGGGACUGUCCCGCCGCCGCCACCACCGCCGCCGCCAGAAGGUGCGUAUUAG